CUCACACUUGGCCUCCUAGGUGAAGGUUGAUCUAUGGAAGAGGGCCAAUCUUCCCCAAGAAUGCUCCAUGCAUCUCCUUCUGGUUGGUCUUUCUAUCCCUCUGCCUCCUAUCUUUUAUCUCUGUACCUGAUGGCGAUGGCGCUAUUGUUAGCACCGCCUUAUCUAGAGGAACCGCCGCUCGUAGGGGAGAGCGGAGAGGCCGACUAUGGCACCCUUAGAAUCGCGCGAGCAUCGGUGAGAUAGCCAGAUCAUACAAUACUUUGGGAACAGGCUUUCUCAAUUAGGCUUGCAGAAAGCAUCUCUGUCAACGUCGCGCUUGCCGGGGUUCGUGCUUGACGGCCGGUACUACUACGGACGGAGGGUGAACUGGACAACAGACCACCUACGUAAAGAGGUUCAAGCCCUGGAAA